AUGGAUCGCCGAAGAGAUCCCCGCAAUUACUAUCACGAUGACACGCUGGAGAUCUACCGCCAUCGCUACUCCGAUGGGGCGAGAUAUGAGCUAGCUAUUGGAGCCGACAUCGAAUACCGACAUCACAAACCUAGCCCUCCAAUUGGGAAACUAGAACGGGUCCGGAUCCAUGAUGAUGUCGAGACGCCGGAUUUCAUCCGCGGCAGGACUGGCUCAGGCUCAAAUCACCGAAGGCCUAGAAGACAUGCGUCUCCGCGAGCGAGAGAGUGGGAAGAAGAAGAAGAAGAAGAAGAAGAAGAAGAAGAAGAAGAAGAAGAAGAAGAAGAAGAAGAAGAAGAAGAAGAAGAAGAAGAAGAAGAAGAAGAAGAAGACAACGACGAGGAAGAAUGUUACCUGCCUCGACCCUCUCGAGGAAGGACUCACGUCGAAGAAGAUAGGCGGGACGAGCGGCACAGAGAGAGAUAUCUCGAGCGUAGUGGUGACGGUGAGGAUAUAAGGAUACACAGGAGAGACCGUUCAGUGCCAAGGCACCGUGACAGUGAAGAGAUUAUCGUACAAAGGGAUCGAAGGGGAGGAGCUAGGAGUCCCCCAAGUGCAGACGAUGAGUGCGAUGACUGUAUUCUUCGAUAUUCCAGAAGAACUUACUAUGAGAGGCGCAGUCCGAGAAGCUCACGCUUGCGAUCUCCGCUCCUGAGAGACGAGAGAAAAGGGACUGACAGACAAAGCGAUGAUGAUUGGAAAGCGGUAAUUUUUCAAGAGAAGCAUGGGCAGUCGUCGUCUCCUAAGAUGCAAGUUCCCAGAAGACGCUCGCUCAUUCGUGUACCGUCGUUGCGUCAGGAUGUCGUUUCUCAUCACACGCAUGAUUAUGAAACGAUUUGCCCCCGUCGUGUAUCCAGCCCGGAUUCUUGGUCAAGUGGUAGCAGCAAAGACGCCCUCAACAAACGCGAUAUGCAGGAAGAAGCAGACUGUUACGCGGCUCGUCAUGGCGACAGGUCCUACGUAGGGGAAGCAUACAGUGGAGCGACCACAGACUGGGCCAUAGUCGACAUGCCCCUAGGGAUCAAACGAGUAACUAUGGACGAAAUUGGAGGCGCUAGCCAAGGGAUCAGCUGGCACAGAUCUGGCGGAUCUCGAAAGUUUCGGUUUAUUUCAAAAAAGAAUAAGCCUUCGUCUUCGUCGUCGUCUGAAGAUGAGUCCAGCUCCAGUGGGGACAAUCAUAGCCGCGUUGCUGCUCAUCGAUACAUCGGAGUCGACCAUAAUAGACGAGACAAACUCUGGACUGCAGUAACGAAGCGUCUUGUUUCGAGGAAAGCGAUUGAACAGGCAGGAUAUGGAUACGAGGAAACGCGAGGUUUUUACUGCAUAUCUGCAUUUCUCCACCAUGGUGAUUUAGCUGCUCUGGUUCAUCUCUCCAGUGAUAUUCGCCGCGAACGUCAUGAACGGACUCAUGGAAUGCAUCACCAACGCGCCAUGUUACGGGAUCGGACGGCAGCGAAACCGUCAUCUUUUUUGCUGUACGAGCUUCGUUCUUUUCGCCGUCAUCCGGGGGAGAGGAUCACAGAGCGUGAGUUGAUAUUUGAGGACGGGCCUGGUCGAGUUCGGCUUUGA